AUGUCCAAGAUCAACCAAGAGAAAGAAAGUGUCUGGCGAAAGUUCAUUCGGUCAUCGAAGGGUAGCACUCAGAAGAAUGAUGCAGCACCUCUUAUUACGCCCACUCGGCAGUCUCCUGCAAGAGAGAAAGAGAGCCUAGGCAAGCUACGGGUUAAGAAAGCUCCAUACAGUAAGGUGUGA